UGAUUCCCGUUAGCUUCGAUGCUAAUUUUGCAGUAAAACUCGAGGUAACGGACACUGUGGCGGCUAAAAUCUUCAAGUUAAGGAUGUAGUAUUUUCUCGGCAUGGAUUAUGAAAUUUAUUUUAAUAUAACGUUAAGUGUUUCGUCGCAAAGGAGGCGACAGUGGAGACGAUAACGUCCGGAACGUUGACGAACAAGCGCCGUCUGCUGUGUCUGUUGAUGUCCAAAGGUCCCGCCUCCGUGUAGAAACUCACCUAUCAGUGACGGUUAUGGAGGAUGAUGGACGUCCCCUCAGCCAAUCAGAGCCAGACAACCCUCCAGCCGUGGGCGGGCCAGAACGGCUGGUCCUCCGCUGCACCUCCAGGACCCCUCUGCAACCCCCUGCCCAGCUUCCAGCAUCUCAGCCUGGGCUCUCCUCCCGACCAGACCCCCUGCUACAACCACAUGCCAGACCUCCACCUCCAGGGAGACCUCACUCCCUUUUCGUCCAGGAACAACACUCAUCCCGGCAUGCAGUAUGUUCAUAGUGCUGACCAGCGAAUAAUUCCUGUAAGCCAAGGAAAAAAUAUACCUCUGUGUUCUCUUCCCCUCAGAGGAAGUGAAGCAACGCAGCCUUGCAACCCCCGACAAAUGUCACUUUAUUCCCCUCGCAGCCCUUAUCAAGCAGUAUCUCCCCCUUUCCAGCCUCCGUACACGCACCAGGGUUUACUGAAUGGACCUCAGUCACCACAUCAGAACCAUCUGCCCAUCAGCCCUCCGUUAUUUGGACCAUGUGAAACCCAGAGUCCACAGUGUACACCUCAGCCUGCACUUGAGGGGGCAAAUGUGGGGUCGUCUGGUGGAUAUACUCACACUCUUGCCUCACCCACCUCCCCCAUCCAGCAGCAGCCUCACUGGACGCUUCCGCCACACUCCAGAGGAACUAUGAAUGAGUUUGUCCCCAGUGCACCUGCACAAGACCGGAACGUCACGCCGCAGUCUCCCAGCCCUGAGUCCCGUUAUGGCCUGGACCCAGAGCUCCUGCCCAGCGUCGUUAAGGUGAUGUCAGAAGACAGGGCAGAGUGGGAGGGCAAGGUCUUCGUCUCAGAGCCUUUUUCACAUCUUCCUCCUCUGGCAACUACUGCCUGCAUCGUAGAGGACAGAGGUAACGCGAGUCCUUCCGCCAUCCGUUCCACCUCGUACUGUGUUCCUUGUGAAGGUCAGACUGCGCUGCUCAGCCGACUGCCACUGGGAGCUCUGGUCACUCCUCUGGUGAAACAAAAUGCUGGAGAGAAGCCCCUCCCACUGUGCAAAGAGACGGAGUGCAUUGUGGGUUGCGGUUGGUGUGGAGCCUCCAUGUGCUCGGCGAUGGGCUGGCGGGAUUGUGGUGAGAGAUUCUACUGCCCCUUCUGUGGCAAACUCAGUGAAGUACCGUGGCAACACUAUCAGCAUUUCCAGCCAAAGAUGGAAGGGAUUCGAGUCGAUAAAGACGAGAGACCUGAACUCAGUAUGGGGUCAUAUGAAAUACUCAACUCUCAGAAGGGUGAACCUGCUGCGCUGCUCCUGGCUAUAGAUGUGUCUCCGUCAGCACUGCGAGGAGGACACUUGGAGUUUGUAACACAACAAAUACACAUGUUGCUCACCUCCCUGAACAGGGAGGACGGUGACUCCUUUCCGGACGUCCGUGUUGGUUUGAUGACGUACGACAGCAGGAUCCACCUGUACGACCUCAGCCCAGACCUGUCUCGCCCACACAUGCUGGUCAUCACAGAGACGGAAGACCUCCAGCUUCCUGUGAGGGAGGGGCUUCUGGUGUCCCUCAAAGAAUGUAUAAGCAGUAUUGACAGUGUGUUGCAGCUCAUUCCUCAGCUGAGUGCAGAAUGUGGUGACUCCAGUGGAGUUCCCAUGGAGCUGCCCAUCAAAGCAGGGCUAGCCGUGCUGCAGGGCCUAAGCUGUCCUGGAAAGCUGCUGAUCUUCCAUACUGCCGCUCUGAUAGAGACGGGACUCUCAAACUCCUCCUCAGGGUUCUUUGGCAGCAACAAGCUGAAGUCCAUCUUUCAGCCAUCAGAACCAGCUGUCUCAUUGGCCAAGGAGUGUGUCCGUCAGGGAUGUGGCGUUCACCUGUUUGUCCUCUCUCAGCAGGAUGUGGGCGGGGCAUGGCCCGGCCACAUCCCAUAUCUAACAGGUGGAGCUCUGCACACCUACAGCCACCUCCAGGGAGAAAUGGACAGAGAGCGUUUCAGCACUGAUCUAAAGAGGAUUGUAGAGACGGACACGGGCUACAAGGCUGAGCUCACGAUAUUUGUCAGCAAAGAUUUACGCGUGUCUGGCUGCUACGGACUGUUUAUCCCCGGUCCAAGCCCUGGACACGUCACCAUGGCAACCCUUGACAGGUGGACAACACUGGCUGUGGAGCUCGCACACAGCAGAGCUCUGGAUGAGACCAGAGGCGUCGUCAUACAGGUUGUUCUGUCUUACAGCAUCCAGACAGGAGAGAGGAGGACCAGGGUUCACACUCUGACCCUGCGAUGCUCACAUCAACUACAGGACGCUUUCCGCCACUACCAGGCCCAAACACUGCUCACCUUCUAUUGCAAGAAGAUGUACUGUGCAGUGCUGGAGCGCCCUCUGCAGGAGCUGAGACAGGAACUGCAGGCGGAGAUAACUGAAGCGCUGGCAUCCUACCGCAAACACUGCUGCUCUGCCUCAGUAUCUGCUGGACAGCUGGUCCUUCCUCAGUACCUCCGAGCUCUUCCUGUUUACAUCAACAGUCUGAGGAAGAGUGAGGUGCUGCUGCCAGGCCUGAGGAGCUCCGUCCACCAGCGACUGCAGCAGCGCUGUCAGGUGCUCGGCAUGGACACCUGCAGCACCGCCACACACUUCUACCCGCUGCUGCUGCCUCUGCCGCUGUCAGUCGACAGCUCCAACCCUCCAAACCCGGAGGAGGCGCUGCGCUGCUCUGCUGCCAGCCUGGAGCCCAGAGGUCUGUAUCUGGUUCAUGCACCCCUCACCCUGCUGCUCUGGGUGGGCACCCAAGUCCCGGCAUGUACGCUGGUGGAGCUCUUCAACACCAGCUGCUUCUCCUCCCUGCCCUCUGGAGAGACCAAGCUGCCAGUUCUGGAAAACCCUCUCUCCAUCAGUGUCCGAUCCCUCGUCAACACGCUGAACUCUCAGGCCUCCUGCACCCGUAAGCUGUGGCUGGUAAAACAAGGAGACACCUGCGAGGAGGCUCUGCAGCGCCACCUGGUGGAAGACAAGAGUCCCAACGGAGGAGCGUCCUACGCAGACUUCCUCUACCAUCUCCACGUCAACUCUGUCCGAUUGCUGCAGUGACAAACACCAACACUUUCACCGACUUCUACACGAGACGACGCUGCAGCUUAUUCACGUCAAACGAAAAGAAGAACAUAACGAACAAAGUUUAUUAUUAUACGUUAUUGUAAUUUACAAAUAGAGAAUAAGGUCAUGCAUAAGGACGUUACAAUAGAUACAUACUUCUAUUUAUUUAAUGGCUGCUGUGAUAUGUGUUUGUGUGAUGAGGGGUUGUUUCUGAAAAUAUGUUUACGAUGUUGAUAUCAUGGCAGUUCUCAAAUCUCUGCCUGGUAUUUGUGUGUCUCAGUGUGUGGAUUAUCUCCAAUAAACAAAUAAAGGCUUUAAUUGAACCUUGA